UAUUAAAAUGAAGUAAAUCCAACACCAAAUUUUUCAGUGUAGGAUAGCAUUUUUUUUUUUAUUAUUCUUUCAUUGAUUAUGAAAUAUUACUACUUGUAUAUAAAAGACUAAAUGCUCUCACACCACAGUAACUCAGCAAACAUUUUGUCUAUCAUGAUCUGCACAUCUUUAAUCCUGGAGUUAUGGUUAUAGAGUGUUUGGUUAACCGAUGCUGUUGGCCCCCUACUUUCACAUGUUCAUUCAAGUUUGAGCUGUUACUUGCUACAAAUAGUUUCUCAUUUAAGUGUCAUUCAGUAAACAGUUAACCUUUAAUGAACAGGCAUUUAGUGUCACGCAGAUGAGAAUGGGCUCCUUUUUUUUUGUCUGGUUCCUUUAAAAUUUACUUCAAUACUACUAAAAUUUACAUCACUAUUUAUAACCAACAUUUUUUAUUUAGGGUUGGCUAUUUUUAAUUAAUCGUUGACUCUGUCUUUAUUAUUUAAAUUGGCCAUUAUUUGAACAGGUAACAAUUUCAUUUAAAGUUUACUUUGUUAUGUACUUUGCCCUUCUGAGCCACCGUAGUUAAGGACUAUUCACUCAGUCUGAGGUUAACCAAUACCUCAACUUGCUAAUCAUCAAAAAGAAAAUCUGUUUUCCUAGCCCAGAGAUUGGUGAUUGUAAAUCACAGGCUGAAUUCAUAACAUGCAAACGUGCACAGACUUGCGGAAUAAUUUGUCCGUGCGCGUGUCCGCUAUGCUUCUGCUUCAGUGACCGUGAGGAAACUAAGCUGUUUGCACCUAUUUCUAUAUUGACCCAAAUGCGUUCCUCACGAUUUUGUGCUAUGAUGUCAGCACUACAUGAGCACCGAUUGGAUUGGAGCGCCUAAGAUGUUAGACUUCACCUGUCUACGAGUGCGCUUCUGUUGCCACUUUCUUCUCUUAAGCCGACGGCAGAGAGGCGCAAAAUACGCAAUUACAAUGCCCUACAUACUGCUGGAAUUGCUGAUGGUGGUGGCGUUUGCAGGCACAGUGCAUGCAGGUUUGGUGUUCCGCUGUCCAAGCUGCAGCGCCGAGCAACAGGCGGAAUGCCCCGCUCUCACUGCCGUGAGCUGUGCCGAGAUCGUGCGUGAGCCAGGAUGCGGCUGUUGUCCGGUGUGUGCACGCCGAGCCGGAGAUCCGUGUGGUGUGUACACACCGCGGUGCGCCAGCGGCCUCCGCUGUUACCCCGAGCCAGACUCAGAGCUGCCCCUCGAUAAGCUAGUGCGCGGCCUCGGUCGCUGCGCACACAAAGCGGAAGCGGAGCCCAGCAUCGGUAGCGCUGAACUGAGCGGUGAAGUGCUGGCCCCAGAAUCAGAACAAACUGAAGUUCCUCCAAUCAGAAGGCCCACGAAAGACAGCCAGUGGAUGGGCCCUAAAGAGAGCGCUGUCAUCCAUCACCGGCAGCAAAUGAAGACCAAGAUGAAGUAUAUAGCAGAGGACCCCAAGGUGCCACGAACAAAGCUGAGUCGGUGUCAGCAGGAGCUGGAGCAAGUACUUGAGAAGAUAUCCAAAAUGCCCUUCCGAGACAAUCAUGGCCCUUUGGAGGACCUCUACUCUGUGCACAUACCCAACUGUGACAAGAGGGGCCAGUACAACUUGAAACAGUGUAAGAUGUCAGUGAAUGGGCACCGGGGUGAGUGCUGGUGUGUGACCCCUCACACAGGCAGACACAUCCAGUCUUCCCCAGUGGUGAGAGAGUUCCAGAAUCCUUGCUGUGCAAAAAGUGUUCUCCAGCACAUCCCAAAGAUUCUCAAUGGGGUUAAGGUCUGGACUUUGUGGUGGCCAAUCCAUGUGUGAGUAUGAUGUCUCAUGCUCCCCGAACCAC